CGCCCUGGUGAUCGGCAGCCGCGAGGCGAGGGCCGGGCUGCGGGCAUGGACCUGUUCGGGGACCUGCCGGAGCCCGACCCGCGCCCCACCGCCGGGAUAGAAAUACAGACACAAGGUUCUUUGCUUUUUGAUGAUCUCCCACCGUCCAGCAGUGAGGAAUCAGAGCAGAAGGGAUGUGGAAGUGCGGUGAUGAUUUUCAGCCACCCAAGCCUUGACUGGAGUCAUCUUCAAAUUUUGACAGGGAAAGAAAUACAGAAAGGAUCCUUUCUUUUUGAUGACCUUCCUCCAGCCAGCAGUGUUGACUCAGGACCUGGGGGAUCUUUGCUCUUUGAUGAUCUCCCACCUGCCAGCAGCGGGAACUCAGGUUCACAGGCAACUGAGGCAUCUCAAGCACCAAGGAGUGAUGAGAAGGGAGCAAAGAGAAAAACAUCUGAAGAAGAGAAGAAUGGAAGUGAAGAGCGUGUGGAAAAGAAAGUUUGUAAAGGCUCUGCAGGGAUAUUCAGUCUGAAAGGCUAUGUAGCGGAGCGGAAAGGUGAACGAGAGGAGAUGCAGGAUGCCCACGUCAUUCUGAACGAUAUUACAGAGGAUUGUAAGCCUCUUUCAUCUCUCAUUACCCGCGUUUCGUAUUUUGCUGUUUUUGAUGGACAUGGGGGAAUUCGAGCCUCAAAGUUUGCUGCUCAGAAUCUGCAUCAGAACCUGAUAAGGAAGUUUCCCAAGGGAGAGGUAAUCAGCGUGGAGAAAACCGUGAAGAGGUGUCUCCUGGACACUUUCAAACACACCGACGAGGAGUUCCUAAAGCAGGCCUCCAGCCAAAAGCCUGCCUGGAAAGAUGGUUCAACAGCAACCUGUGUGUUGGCUGUGGACAACAUCCUUUAUAUUGCCAAUCUUGGAGACAGCCGGGCAAUAUUGUGCCGUUACAAUGAGGAAAAUCAGAAACACGCGGCCUUGAGUCUGAGCAAAGAACAUAAUCCAACCCAGUAUGAAGAACGAAUGAGAAUACAGAAGGCUGGAGGCAAUGUCAGGGACGGCAGAGUCCUGGGUGUGCUGGAGGUCUCCCGUUCCAUUGGGGACGGACAGUACAAGCGCUGUGGCGUCACCUCCGUGCCCGAUAUCAAACGCUGCCAACUUACACACAAUGACAGGUUCAUCAUGCUGGCCUGUGAUGGUCUCUUCAAGGUCUUUACCCCAGAGGAAGCUGUGAAUUUCAUCUUGUCCUGCCUGGAGGAUGAGAAGAUCCAGACUAGAGAAGGGAAGUCGGCCACCGAUGCCCGAUACGAAGCGGCCUGUAACCGGCUCGCCAGUAAGGCCGUGCAGCGGGGCUCAGCAGAUAAUGUCACCGUAAUGGUGGUGCGGAUAGAGCAGUGAAAGGAAGCGUGUGGCGGCUGCAGCCUGGCCAGCAUGAGGUUGAUUUUAAAAUAAAAACGUUCAGUUCACGUGUGCAUAGUUAUGUGUGUUUCGAGUACCCCUUGGUUGUAAAUAAAGUUCUUUUUCUAAUCUUUUUA